AUGGUGAGAAUCUGCCGAGCCCACACCUUAUUCUAUAGUAUUCCUUUCUACAGAAACCAAAUCGAAGUAACAGUUACAAAGAAAGGUUCAGAAGUGGAUCGAUGGAUUCAGCAAACAGUUCACAUUCACCGUCGAAGACUCCACGAACUCCUCGUCGGUCUCGACAUCGAGUGGCGGGCGAUUCGAGACCCCGCCGAAGAAAACCCCCGUGUUGCGCUCCUCCAGCUCUGCGUCGGCCACCGGUGCCUCAUAUUCCAACUAAUUCACGCAGAUUACAUCCCGGAUUCUCUCAUCUCUUUCCUGGGAGACACCAAUUUCAGUUUUCUGGGUGUGAAUGUUAACGGCGAUUGUGAGAAAUUGCACGAGGAUUACGCGUUGUUAGUGGCGAACCCACUCGAUUUGAACAAGAUGGCGAUGGAUGUUUAUAAAAUUAAAGAGUAUGGGAGAAUUGGGUUGAAGAGAAUGGCGCAUGAAAUUCUUGGGAAAGUGAUGCAAAAGCCGUUGGGUGUUACGAUGAGUGAUUGGGAUGCAGAGGAAUUGGAGUAUGAACAAGUUGAAUAUGCUUGUAUUGAUGCUUUUAUGUCUUUUAAGCUUGGGCUGAAGCUGUUCUACAAAAUGCAGUGA